AUGUCCCGCUACCUCUCACAUCUACAAAAAGCCUAUAUGUCCUACACCACCAUUUCCUUCACCUCCAGCAUCCCCAUUCAGAAGUCAAUCGACUCCGAUACCAACCGAGAGGGAACCAAACUGGCCAGCCACUCGGUGCCAUCAAUGUUUCCG